AAAGAACUCCCUGUUCCUUUUUGCAACUACGGACUUUUGUCUUUUAAUCAUCAGCUUCCCAAUUUUGUUUGAGUAAUACUUUUUUUUUGAAUUUGUCUCGGUGUUGCAUCUGACCUCUCAAAACUUUGCACCGUGAACUUCAUUUUUUUUCUCCCCCAAACACUCGGAUUUUUUGUUCGGGGACCUUCCCGCAUUUUCCUGUGUUAACUUUGAGUUUUUUUAACCUUUUCUUAUUCAGUUAACUCCUAUUUAUUUAUUUUUGUAGAUUUUACAAUUUCUAUUUAUUUUUCACGUUACUUCUUGAUUUUUAAACAUCAAACUGCUCCUUUAUUUUAUUUUGAACUUCUUUGUUUUCUUCUUUAGCACGUGAACAUCUAGUAGCAACCCCUUUUUGGUUUUAGUUUUUUUACUUUUUUUUUUCUCAUCCGAAUUGCACUCAGUGUGGCUUUUGAACUGCUGGGUGUUUCACAUCUCACUUACACUCUGUUUUUUGUUCAUAAGUCCUAAACCGUUAAUUUGAAUGAAGCAAAUGAUAUACUGUUGAAAACCUAUUGUAAAUGAGCAAAAAAAAAUCGUGUUGACCAUUUUUUCAAAUUCACCAUGGUUUAAGAGCAGCAUUGAAUACGGUAAAACUCAAUUUUGAAUGCCACACAUUGAACUUUUUCUUGAUGUUGCCUUUGAACUUUCAAUUUUGUCACACCUUGAACUUUUGAUCAUUUUAUGGCAUCAUAUUUUUUGUGUUCUAAAGUUCCAAAUGUGAUCUGAACUCUCCCCGCUAUCUUCUCUAAACUUCCAAAUUUUAUCCCCGUGAAAUUUUGUGAAUUUCUGUGGUUUGUUUUAUGAACUUGUAUUUGUUUUUAGUCUUUUUGAGCCGUGCAGGCUACAUCUUUUGAACUACAUGUGAGGUGAUCAGUAGAUUCCGCCUCCUGGUCGCACAACGGACACGCAACAUGGGACCGCAACCUGUGUUGCAGGUUCCUGUCCGUCGUCCAGAGCCGCUGUAGCCGGAGUAGCUACCCGCGGGAGGAACUUGGUCCGCUAGACCCUAGAAAUCUCAGAAUCACUAUUGGAUUGUGUUGUGUUUUGAUUAUUUUAUAAAUUUUCAUGGAAAAUUAGCUACAAAGUUGAAAAAAAUGGGUGAAACAAAUACGAAAAUUGUCCCUGCAUUUUUUUUUACUAAAAGGGCAAAUGUUAAUGAUAAUCCACUGAAGCGCCAAAUGUCACAAAUUCAGUUUGGUAGCGCUAGUACAGCGAUGGUGAUGUUGAACCUGGAUUAAGAUUCAACCGAACCGAGAACCUUGCCUGGAUUAACUCCAGCGAGGUUUUCAUUUGUUUCCUUCGAAAAAUGGAACCUACUACUAAGGUCUUCGUUGUUCAAAGGAAAGGUGUAGUAAAUACAUAGGAAUUGGAAUGGGAUCUUAACCGUGAAGUGACAUAACAUGUAAGAAAAAAAAACUUAUAUGGACCUUAAUGUAAGGUCUUAUAGAUAUAACAUCGAACUCAGACAAGUCUCAGUCGACCAAUGUUUGGCAAGACUGUUUUACUAACUCUUCCAAGCACAUUGUAUGUGUGUGCACAAGGAAUCAAUAAUGAUGAGCAGCACAGACAGCCACCCCGCCACUAUUGGAUCUACUCUCUUUUUUUCUUUUGCGGGAAUAUUGGAUCUACUCUUGGAUCUGCCGAUUUUGCCAUUCUGGCAUUCUACUCCAUGCAUGACAGCUUUGCAUAAAUAUCAAUCCACUGCAACAGUUGACCUCCCCACUUGACCUCCUCGACCUCGACAAAACAAAACAAGCACUAGAUUGCGUAUGGGUUCCGAGGCGGGAAUGGAAGCUGCUGGAGCGCGAGAUCCACCGGAGCGUCGCCGGGGCGCCGUCACGGCCGUCCUCCUGGCCGCGCUGCCGCUGCUGCUCCUGCUCUUCCUCUUCGGCGACCGGGCCGCCUCCAUCGCCGCCGACUCCCUGGCCUGGGCACAGGUGAAACAGCAGAGUCCACGUAACGCAUCCUCGUCGCCGUCCCCGGAACCGGGCGCGGCGCGUGACGGCCGGCUCCUCGGCGGGCUCCUCUCGCCGGACUUCGACGAGCCGGCGUGCCGCAGCCGCUACGAGGGCUCCAGCCGAUGGAAGCCGUCGCCGUUCCCGGUCUCGCCGUAUCUGGUCCGCAAGCUGAGGCAGUACGAGGCCAACCACCGCCGGUGCGGGCCGGGCACGCCGCGGUACCGCGAGGCCAUGGCGCAGCUUCGGUCCGGCCGCAACGGCGAGCGCGGGGAGUGCAGGUACGUGGUGUGGCUGCCCGUCCAGGGCCUCGGCAAUCGGAUGCUCAGCCUCGUCUCCACCUUCCUCUACGCGCUGCUCACCGCCCGCGUCCUCCUCGUCCACGAGCCCCCCGAGAUGGAGGGCCUCUUCUGCGAGCCCUUCCCGGGGACCUCCUGGCUGCUGCCCGCGACCUUCCCCUACAAGGACGUCCGCUUCGGGUCGGAAUCCAAGGAGAGCUACGUGAGCAUGCUCCACAACAACGUCGUCCGCUACGACGACGUCGACGGCGGCAAUGCCGGCGCGCUCCCGCCGUACGUGUACCUCCACCUGGAGAACAUGAAUCUGCGGCUCCAGAACCACACCUUCUGCGAGGAGGACCACCGCGCGCUCGACGGCUUCAACUGGAUGCUGCUCCGCUCCGACAGCUACUUCGCCGUGGCGCUCUUCCUGGUGCCCACGUACCGCGACGACCUGGAGCGCAUGUUCCCGUCCAAGGGCUCCGUGUUCCACCACCUCGGCAGGUACCUCCUCCACCCGGGCAACCCGGCGUGGGGGAUCGCGCAGCGGUUCUUCGACGGCUACCUCGCCGGCGCCGACCAGCGCCUCGGCGUGCAGGUGCGGAUCGUGUGGCACCACCCGGUCCCGUUCGACGUCAUGUUCGACCAGAUCCUCCGGUGCACGCGGGAGCACGGCCUUCUGCCGCGGCUCACCGGCGAACCCUCCCUCGUCCGGCCGUCGUCCAACAGCACGGCCAAGGCGAACAAGGUCAAGGCGGUGCUGGUGGUGUCGUUGAAGCCCGAGUACUACGACAAGCUCCACGCCAUGUACUACAACAACGCGACCGACUCCGGCGAGCUCGUCACCGUGUACCAGCCGAGCCACGACCAGGACCAGCACACGGAGGCGCGCGCGCACAACGAGCGCGCCCUCGCCGAGAUCUUCCUGCUCAGCUACUGCGACGAGAUGGUCACCACGUCGUGGUCCACGUUCGGGUACGUGGCGCACGCGCUCGCCGGGCUGCGCCCAAGGCUGCUGGCCCCGCUGGACUUGAGCAAGAUGAGGUCCGACGUGGCGUGCGUCAGGCCCGCGUCCAUCGAGCCGUGCCUGCACUCGCCGCCGUCGCUCGUCUGCCGGCGCGCGCAGGAUCUCGACCCGGUGGCGCAUGUGCCGUUCCUGCGCCACUGCGAAGAUGUCGAUUUCGGUCUCAAGCUCGUCGACUGAGUAACUUGCCUGGCUCUCUGCACAGAGGCUUCUCUUCGAUUUGGUUUACCAAACAGUGCUGUUUUUAGGCUUGAUUUGUGGUCACUGAAAUACAUGCUCGUCGUCGCCAAAAAGAAAGAAACGAAAGAAAGGAAGGGACUGACUAACCGUCAGUCGACUGAAAACCCAAUUCGGGCCAGUCAAAAAAAUUUCCUUUGCAUGCGGGCUGCACAUAGUCAAUUUCCUCUUCCCGGGCCGUUCAAGGGCUGCCAUCUCCCCUGCCUUGGCAAGGCCGCCACAAAGCUGCUGCUGACCGUUAGUCAGUCCCAAAAAUCUGCUGCUGCCGACUUUUUGGCCCAGUGAAGUAUUUUUUCUCCAAAAAGUCGGCAGCAGCAGUAUUUUGGAACGAAGGGAGUACGAAAUUAAACCAGCGAAAAAUGUUCCACUACUCACACGAGCGAGAACCCCGCUGUCGUCUCCUUCAGAUGCAGCCUCCCGCUGAAUCGAAUCGCGCUGCCAGCCUCGUCCGCCUCGCCGUGCCUGCGUCCCUCCCCGGACGGCUGCGGCGAUGGAGGGAGCCACUGGCGCUGGCCAGGCCCCCGGCCGAUGGACGCGCCGGAUCAUCGCUCCUCAGGGCCAGCCCCUCCCGCCGCGCUGGAUCACGUGGCAGCCUAGCUUGUCAGAGAUGGCAAAGCUGUUCUAUGCAGAGUACGCCUCCGAGCUAGCCGAUGCCUACUGUAUCCAGUGUUCUCUUGCAUCCGGUGCGACCUCAAAGAAUACCUUCUUCUAGCUGGGCGUUGAGCGCUUCAAGGACGACGAGGUGCAGCGCCUGGGGUGGAAGCAGUUCAACUACACGAUGCAGAAGCGAGUGAAGGGGUUAAGACGGUUGCGUUGUGCGUGCGCUGCUUGCUUGCUGCUGUUGCAUAUAGCUUGUGGCUGUGGUCGUCCAGUCGGGUUAUCUCUAGCUGUAGAAUCAUCAAAGAAAGGAUCCACUGCUGGUCUCAUUGGCCUUGAUCUUCCAUUCACAAGCAAUUAAUGUUUAUUGGAGCACAAAUUCAAAGUAGCACAUUUUCGCGGCUGUGAAAUGUAGCAACAUGUUUGGAUAGCUGACCAAAAAGGAUCUCACUGAAAAACUGAAAUAUUUAAGUAACAGGUCAACGACGGCUGCGUCCUGCGUGUUGGCAAGGCGGCGGCAACGGAUGGUAUGCGGGAUGCGGCCUUUUUGUGUAUAGCUCUCUAAACUUGACAGUUGAGUUUCUUUUUGGUCA